CAUACAUAUAUGAAAACAAAAAUGGUAGAUGAUAAUCACAUGGACUUCAACCUACCUACCUUUCCUCACUCUCUUUUUCUUGCUGACCAAUAAAUCCCCAUUGCCAUUAUAAAUACUAAAACUCUUAUUCCAUACCCCCAAAAACAUGGACACAGAAAAAAUAUUCACCCUUUCUCAAGUUGCACAACACAAGUCAAAGCAAGAUUGCUGGAUUAUCAUCCAUGGCAGAAUAAUAGACGUUACGAAGUUUCUUGAAGAACAUCCUGGAGGAGAAGAAGUGUUGAUUGAAUCAGCUGGAAAGGAUGCAACUAAAGAAUUUGAAGAUAUUGGGCAUAGUAAAGCUGCCAAGAACUAUAUCUUGAAAUACCAGAUUGGAAAUCUUCAAGGCUAUAAAAUUCAAGAUGAUGAUGAUGAUGAUAAUUUGUUUACUCAUUCCAACAAAGAACCAAUAAAGGCAAAAGAAAUUGAAGCUUUUGUGAUCAAACAAAACUUCAAGCCCAAGCAUUUGUUUUUUUUUGAGUAUUUUGUGCCUUUCUUGGCUGCAGCAUUCUUUCUGUAUUAUCGAUAUCUCAAUGGAGCACUCCAGCUUUGAACACCCACAACAAAGGGAUUAUCAUAUGAUUUUCAUUGAUAUUAAGUGUUCUUUUUCAACCUUCAAAAAGGGGGAAACCCCAUACAUUGAUUCUGUUCUUAAGAAUUGGAAAA